UUCUCAGAAUUUUGAUUGUCUUUGAAAUGGAGAGCACUAUAUAAACUGAUCCAAUACGUUAAUUCUUCUCCAACAAUAACAUCCUCUAAGCAUCGAUCAGAAGCAAGGGAUUUCACAGGCCUGACAAGAUCAAGAUGUCGUCGUACGGAUCAGGGUUUCAUAACUCAGUGCCUCCCCAGCAGGGAACAACAUUCUAUGGAUCUUCCUAUGGAGGAAAUAACUCGCAAUCAACGGCUUCAUCGUACCACAAUGGAUCAUCGAAAAGCACCACAGGAAGAGUGCCUGCGCAGCAAUAUUCAGAUUACAAGUCGAAGACUGCAGACCAGUACUCCUACUACUAUAACAGCAUAAGCAGCAGCCAAGGCCAGCAGCUGGGAGGUGCUGGCUACUACGACAAGCAGCCAAGUGAGCAAGGGCACGAAUAAGAGGUAUCCGUCACUCAAGGGCUGAUCUUAACUGAUUUGGCAGUGCUUGAUGAUCGAUGAAGAACAACCAACAGAUUGCAUAUACUCAUACAAGCACCGUAUAUACACAAAUAAUCAUAUUGAGAAAGGAAGUCUGUGUGUUGUCGUGUAUCUUUCUGUAAAUACAUGUUUGGGAGCAGCAACGAACCUAGAUAUGUAGGGUUGUUUAAUUUCUUCAUGUGGUUCAUUAGCCAUUAAAUAAGAUGUAUUCGAUUUGUUCAUUGGUUUAUUACUGAUCGGUCAGUGAUCAGUUGUAUAUUUGGAAUAUCAAAACAAUGAACCUUAUUUUGGGUUUAUCAGAUCAA